CCGGAGCGACGGAUCGCGCCCAGGAGCGACCAGCUGGCGGACGCGAAAACUGGGCAUGCUCGGCGGCGGCGCAGGUUUUGGUCACAAGUAGGAAGAAGCCUGUGCACCACACCGGCCAAGGGAAGCGGGAGCCGCCGCGGCAGCGCGGCCGUAGGGUCGGCCGCCGCCGCAUCGGAUAAGGAGCAGGGGUAGGAGCAGGAGGGAGCCGGCCUGGGCAAGGCCCCCGGGCUGAGAGCCGUCCCGCCUGCCCUUGGUCUACUGCCUCCGCGUCCGCGCGGUGCGUCGGACCCAGGGUCUGUCACCUGGGCGCCAGGGGUCGCCGCCGGGGAGCCGGAGCGGGCGGGACCCUCCUUCUGCCGACUGCGGCCCGAGGGCGCCCCCGCGGGGUGGAGCGGCAGCCGCCUUCUGGUGGCGGCUGAGUGUCCGGCUCGCGCCCAGAGCGGGCGGCUGCCGUCAGCCCCGAGGAGGAGGAGGAGGGGGCGGCCAUGGGUCUGCUGUCCCAGGGCUCGCCGCUGAGCUGGGAGGAAACCAAGCGCCAUGCGGACCACGUGCGGAGGCACGGGAUCCUCCAGUUCCUGCACAUCUACCACGCAGUCAAGGAUCGGCACAAGGACGUUCUCAAAUGGGGAGAUGAGGUGGAAUACAUGUUGGUAUCUUUUGAUCAUGAAAAUAAAAAAGUCCGGUUGGUCCUGUCUGGGGAGAAAGUUCUUGAAACUCUACAAGAGAAGGGGGAAAGGACAAACCCAAACCAUCCCACCCUUUGGAGACCAGAGUAUGGGAGUUACAUGAUUGAAGGGACUCCGGGACAGCCCUAUGGAGGAACGAUGUCUGAGUUCAACACAGUUGAGGCCAACAUGCGAAAACGCCGGAAGGAGGCAACUUCUGUCUUAGAAGAAAAUCAGGCUGUUUGCACAAUAACUUCAUUUCCCAGAUUAGGCUGUCCUGGGUUCACACUGCCUGAGUUCAAACCCAACCCAGUGGAAGGAGGAGCUUCCAAGUCCCUCUUCUUUCCAGAUGAAGCAAUAAACAAGCACCCUCGCUUCAGUACCUUAACAAGAAAUAUCCGACAUAGGAGAGGAGAAAAGGUUGUCAUCAAUGUACCAAUAUUUAAGGACAGGAAUACGCCAUCUCCAUUUAUAGAAACAUUUCCUGAGGAUGAUGAGGCAUCAAGGGCUUCUAAGCCAGAACAUAUUUACAUGGAUGCCAUGGGAUUUGGAAUGGGCAAUUGCUGUCUUCAGGUGACAUUCCAAGCCUGCAGCAUAUCUGAGGCCAGAUACCUUUAUGAUCAGUUGGCCACUAUCUGUCCAAUUGUUAUGGCUUUGAGUGCUGCGUCUCCCUUUUACCGAGGCUAUGUGUCAGACAUUGAUUGUCGCUGGGGAGUGAUUUCAGCAUCUGUAGAUGAUAGAACUCGGGAGGAGAGAGGACUGGAGCCAUUGAAGAACAAUAACUAUAGGAUCAGUAAAUCCCGAUAUGACUCAAUAGACAGCUAUUUAUCUAAGUGUGGUGAGAAAUACAAUGACAUCGACUUGACGAUAGAUAAAGAGAUCUACGAACAGCUGUUGCAGGAAGGCAUUGAUCAUCUCCUGGCCCAGCAUGUUGCUCAUCUCUUUAUUAGAGACCCACUGACGCUGUUUGAAGAGAAAAUACACCUGGAUGAUGCUAAUGAGUCUGACCAUUUUGAGAAUAUUCAGUCCACAAAUUGGCAGACAAUGAGAUUUAAGCCCCCUCCUCCAAACUCAGACAUUGGAUGGAGAGUAGAAUUUCGACCCAUGGAGGUGCAAUUAACAGACUUCGAGAACUCUGCCUAUGUUGUGUUUGUGGUAUUGCUCACCAGAGUGAUCCUUUCCUACAAAUUGGAUUUUCUCAUUCCAUUGUCAAAGGUUGAUGAGAACAUGAAGGUAGCACAGAAACGAGACGCUGUCUUGCAGGGAAUGUUUUAUUUCAGGAAAGACAUUUGCAAAGGUGGCAACGCAGUGGUCGACGGUUGUGGCAAGGCCCAGAACAGCACGGAGCUCGCUGCAGAAGAGUACACCCUCAUGAGCAUAGACACCAUCAUCAAUGGGAAGGAAGGUGUAUUUCCUGGACUGAUCCCAAUUCUGAACUCCUACCUUGAAAACAUGGAAGUAGAUGUGGACACCAGAUGUAGUAUUCUGAACUACCUAAAGCUAAUUAAGAAGAGAGCAUCUGGAGAACUAAUGACAGUUGCUAGAUGGAUGAGGGAGUUUAUCGCAAACCAUCCCGACUACAAGCAAGACAGUGUCAUAACUGAUGGAAUGAAUUAUAGCCUUAUUUUGAAGUGUAACCAAAUUGCAAAUGAAUUAUGUGAAUGCCCAGAGUUACUUGGAUCAGCAUUUAGGAAAGUAAAAUACAGUGGAAGUAAAACUGACUCAUCCAACUAGACGUUCUACAGAAAGAAAAAUGCAUCACUGUUUUAUUGACAAACUGGCUGCAGCACCAUGCCUCUCAGCCUCUGUGUAUGAUAAGAAGACCAAAUGAUAGAACUGUACUGUUUUCUGGGCCAGUGAGCCAGGAAUUGAUUAAAGUUUUCUUUGGUAGGUAAAUCUAGAGUUUAUACAGUGUACAUGUACAUAGUAAAGUAUUUUUGAUUAACAAUGUAUUUUAAUAACAUAUCUAAAGUCAUUGUGAACCGGCUUGUACAUUUUUUAAAUUCCUACUCUGGAGCAAAUACUGUCUAAGCAAUUUUGUAAAUGUAAUGUACUGGUAAUUGUACAAUACUUGCAUUCCAGAGUUUAAAAUGUUUACUGUAAAUUUUAGUUCUUUUAAAGACUACCUGGGACCUGAUUUGCUGUAAUUUCUUUCUUUACUUUAAAAACACUUUCCAUAAUUUCCUGUCAGUUCCUUUGUUGUGUACAUUAAACACUUGAAUCCAUUGAAGUGCUUCCAGGGUUAUCCUGGGUUUCUAGCACCUUAUCUAUGAUGUUUCUUUUGUAAUUGGAAGAGCUAACCCCUUGGUCAGCUUGCCCCAAGCUUUCCCCUCUGAAUAAAUAGCCAUUGAACUCUGA